CUACAAUUACCGCACACCUCACUGCUUUUUCGUUCUUCUUUUUCCAGAUCAUCAUAACUUGCCGUCCGUUCGUGCAGUCUUAAAACAGCUUCGCAUCUAUCCCCAGGAAUUUCCUCCCAUAACAUCAAACUCUGUGAAAAAUCAAACAGGCAAUAAUCGCCCAUUUUUCUGCUUCUCCCCACAAUAAGCCAUUCUCCCAGGAUCUCAACAUGGGCGACUCUGUUAUUCAUGCUUUUGCAGGCUCCGUGGGAGGAUGCGCUGCGAUGGCACUGACCUACCCACUGGUAACCCUUUCCACUCGCGCCGCUGUUCAAACCAAGAAGGAACACAUCACCGCCAAAGAAGCGCUGUCCAAAGCCUACGGAGAGGAAGGUAUAGCAGGAUUGUAUUCAGGUCUGGGCAGUUCUCUUUUUGGUAUUGCCCUCACGAAUGGCGUUUACUAUGCUUUUUACGAAGAGAUGCGUUCAGCUUUGAUUCGUCGUAGAAGUAAAACCCCAGCCUCCAACGGUGGUUUAACUACUAUAGAAGGCAUCUUUGCUGGCUUGGUAGCAGGCUCGAUCACUACGAUUGCCACUAACCCUGUCUGGACUAUACAGACUGCUCAAGCUACAUAUACUGCAGACCCUUCGUCUAAGGCAGAUGGGAAGCCAGAUAUCAAGCCAUCAGCCGCGCAAGUAGCUAAGGGCAUAAUCGAGAAAGAAGGUAUCAAGGGUUUAUGGCGAGGUAUCGGACCCGCUUUGGUGCUGGUUGUCAACCCAGUGAUUCAGUAUACCACGUUUGAAAGACUAGUGGCUGCUCUCCUUAGGUACAGAUUCCUAUCGCAUGGUGCCACUCCUGUUGGGAAAACAGCUUUGGGCAGAAGCUCGCUCAGUGAUUGGGACUUUUUCAUUCUGGGUGCGGCAAGCAAGCUCGUUGCGACCAGCUGUACAUAUCCAUACAUCGUGGUCAAGUCCCGUCUUCAAGCUGCCACCCACCAAUACAAGUCUUCUUUAAGAGCAAUUUUGCACAUUCUACGAGCCGAAGGAGUCUCCGGCCUGUACGCUGGGCUGACACUCAAGCUCCUUCAAUCGGUUCUCACGGCUGCUUUCAUGUUUGUAGCCCAGCGACGUAUCUAUGAGCUGGUGAAAUAUCUGUUGAGCCUCUCUGUUCGUAAACGAAAAGCUGUUUUAGCGUUAGGUUAAUCGGAUCGAUUUAUGGAAUGCUUCACAUAAGGCGAAUACAAUAUGUAGCUUUAACGUGGAUCAAAGGGCCUACAAUGAACGGAACUGUCUGUGAACAUCUUCGAUAUGGGUUAUUAGCGUCUUCAUUACAAAUAUAUGGAUAACGAUGUUAAUAGUGACAGUGUGUGAGAGUUUUGAUCAGACAUGUUUUUUUGCUUUUUUUGGACAGACUACUCGUAUUAUACAAGAUACCGACAUUUUCUGUGUGCAUGAAUCGCA